CACACACACACAGACAAAAAGUGGUGUGCAGCCCUCUGUUGAGUGGCAGGGACAUGUGAGCCCCUUCACAUUUGCUAUUCUGGGCAGGGGAGGGGAAACGGAGGGAGGUGAGGGGAGGGGGUGAAGCAGUGGGGAGCAGAGGGUCUUUUCUCUUUCUGCAUGUGGCUGAGCCAUCGCGAGGAGCCGCUCAUGAUUUUGUCUCGUGUUGUGUAGGCUCUCAGUGUGUUUGGCCAUAGCAGUCUUGUGUUUUAUUCCCACUCUAGGCCGGAGAAGAUGGGGUGCUGCUUUAGUAAGGAGCUCAACCCCGGCCUGCAGAAUGAGAGGAGCGGUCUGUUACAGCCCCCGCUCCACGACGGGCUGAGUGAGGUGACAGAGCAGGUCAGGCAACAUGCCGCGGCCGUAGCUCAGCAUGUGUGCUUGGACGAAGAGAAGACACGUGUGGCCGAAGGAGCGGCCCAGAAGAAGAAGAAGCCGUCGGAAGGUAAAGAAAGACAUCCGCAAUUUGACAACAAAGUUGAGACCGAGGUGGUCAGCAAGGACAGCGCCACACCGACUGAGAGGGAUUUAAAACCAGUAAGCACCGACAAGAAGAAGGAGGCUAUUAUUAUCACGACUAGCACAAACAUACAUACAAACACGGACGCAAAGGCGGGCGUGACACACACUGCCAGGAGGCCCAGCGGUGAACUGGCUCCGUAUAAGGAGGUGCCCAGUCCAGUCAGACAGAAGAUUAUUGACAAUGCCACAAUCCGGUCUCAAUGGUUCAGUCAGCCCCCAGAUCAGAAGAAACAUCACAAACCAUUGAGCGCUCGGUCGGCUCCUUCCAGGUUACCCUCCGGUAACUGCCAGGCCAGCGUCACAGCGAGUGAGGUGUCAGAUGACCAGCUGCCGCCUCCGCCGGUCAGCGUUUGUCAGGAGACACAGCAGGAUUCCCCCAAAGCAGAGCUCCAGGGUGAGGAGGAGGUCUGCGUCGUCACAACAACACUCGGUCAAGGUUUCGAAACGCGGACCUGGAGCUUCUACAGCAUAUGUUCCAUCGACGCCGAUGACCUUGAACAUGACCACGUCGACGGCCAAUCCCAAACAGCUGGAGUACCACAGUCACGGCACACAGCUGAAGUAGAAACAGCUGCUCUGCCCUGCAUAGUGGUGUCUCCGGUCUCCAGCCAAUCACACGCAGAGGCAUCCAAGGUCUGUGACCAGUUGUAUGUCACAGAAUCUAAAACGACCCGCCAGUCACAUGGCGAGGAACCGGCUCCGGCACAAUCACAUGCCGCAGAACAUUCCUCCACCGCUCCGUCACAGACUCUCUCAGACAGUUCACUCUCAGCAGGGCAGACCACCGUACCUCAUCCUGUUGUAUCUCCACAGCCGGUAGACCCUCUAUGUGACCCGCUGCCUCCGUCCAGCAAUCAGAUAAACAGCGAGGAACCUCGGGCGUCCACACAGGACAGCCCUCAGCCUGAAGGUCUGCCUCGCCACAAAGCUGCGCAGGAAACAGAUGAGUCCAAGGAUGAGAUGUUGAUGACGUCACACUCAGUUAAGGGGUCAGAGGAGUCUGUGUACGUGGUGAGUGUGUACUUGAAGGGCCACAGAUCAGCAGAGAGACUCGUCGCAGAGGGAACAAUCAUCGAAGAGGAAGAAUCGGAUGUGAAUGUGGAUUCUGACUUUAACACCGUGGACGAUCGUCUGCACGAGUCUGACCUGUUAACACAGCAGCACAUCCAAUGCAACCAAUCGCAACCAGCAACUGAGACCCCUGAACCAGAUACUUCCAAUCAGGUCUCUUCAAAGCUCGACCUCAACCUCAGACCGCUUCACGAGGGGGAAGUGACGUUGCCUCAGUGUGCAGGAGAGAUCGAGAUGGAUAAACUCCCCCUGCAGAGCGAGGCUAUCCCUGUGAGUGUCCGAAGCCACAGUGAGGAGGGUGAUGUUGGCCACAGCGGCACGGCACCUACGACUCUCACCGAAGUGUCCUCAGUUUCCACCGUCUCAGCUGUGUCGUCACUGCCCGUUGAACUGACCGCCCUCUCCUGCCACACGAACCUUCUCUCAGAUGGAGAAAACACAUCUCAUUGGCGUGACUCCAUCACAUCGGAGAAAUUAGACGUCAAUUCAAACGAUCCAACAUUUGAACUGAGCAGUGUUAAGUUCCCCAGUCGAGAUGUCGAACCUCUAUUCACUGAAUCUGACGAACAGCUCGAAGGUGCGCUGGGGCCUCUGAACGAUGACUCUGAGGAGCUUAUUGAGGACGUCCUCAUGAGCGGAGACGUCAGACAGGCCGACAAAAAACCAAAACCGGCCAUUUCUCAGAACAGCAUAAAUGUUGAGAAAGGUGAUGUCACAGUUGGUUUACCUGAAACAGCUGAAAACACCUCUCCCCUGGAGACGAGUGACGGAGAAUGCAUCGUGUUGUCAGAGCCCUGCGAUGCCUGUGCGGCUGUAAAUACAAACAUCACUCUGCACGGCCCCGAGGACCCACAGAGCAGCAUCGAAGGUUCAGGUCUCAGUCUUCUCACGCGGCCUCCUCCUGCUGAAAGUGAGCUUUCUUUUACUACUUCCUCCACUCCACCUUCCUCCUCCUUGUCCCCGUUUACAUCUUCUGAGGACGGUGAGCAUAAUUUCUGUCCAGAGGCUGAAGCUGAUGCUACCGACAGUGGAUGCAGAGAAACACAACUGAAGGUAAAUCCACCAGAGGAGGUUUUCACGCAAGAGACAACUGCUGCACAGGGGACUGAUAUUGAUCUGCCUCUUGCUAUGCCAAUCAAGCAUGCAUCUGCAGUAGAACCGCACUCCCAAACUCCUCAAACAGCCUCUGGACCCCCAGAAUUAUUAAUAUCCAAUUUUUCCUCUGACUCUAUGAUGUCUGAAAUCCAGCAGGACCCCGCUGACCAACCUGGAGAUUCAUCAAAUGGCUCAGACAAAAUGAACGAGAUGAAAAUGUGUACAUCUCAGGAGGAGCACCCUGCACUUGACAAUGAUAUUCCUCCUGAAACUCCCAACAUCUCAGCUACUGAGACUCUGUCCCAAAGUGUGGAAGUCAUUGCUGAUACCAGCGUCUGUGACUCAUAUGUGAUUCCUAAUGACUUAAGCUGUCUGGAUGACAUAGCCUCAGUUCUGGACUGCCAGAAGGACCCCGACACGAUCACCGUGGACCCAGGUCAGAUUGACGUUUACGCGUCGACUCCAUCGUACGAGAUUCAUUUCCUGGGUCACGGACCGUUGCCGACUGCCGAAGAGGGAGAGAGAGAGGGAGGGAUGAGGGAGAUGGUGUCAGAGCUGCUGGGAGAGGAUGCGGACUCCUCCAUCUGCCGCCUCUAUCCCCAACCCUGGAUCAGGCUGGGUCUGGAGGAGAGCUGCGUUGCGUGGGCCCAGGGUGUCGCUGAGGCCGAGCCCAGCCAGGGCGAGAGCCAGACUGGCACCGACUCUGAGCACAUCCCAGCCCUGGUCUCAGAGCUCCAGCCCUCUAUGGCUCUGCUGGGAGCUUACCCCUUCAGUACUGUGAUGCCUCAGGGACCCUGUGUGUGGGACUGGCACACAGAUUGCACUCAGCCUGGACCUACUGCUGCACCUAGCCUUAACCCUGAUGCUGAGGUAUGGACCAAUGAUAACUUUAACUUGGACAUCCCCGGCCCCGCCUACCUGCAGCCGCAGCAGCCAUGGGUGCAAUUCCCCAACGAUCUGACCAAUCACGAAGGAUUCAUGCCAGAGUUCGAGCUGGACAGCGUGGGCAUCACUGAGGCCGUGGUUGAGGCAGAUCCCAGCAUGCUCGAGUACCAGAUGCUGACUGCUGAAGCUCCUAUAGUUAAUGGAGAGCCCAGUGCUCCACCUGUCACAGAUGAGGUCAAACAACAGCUGAGAACAGUUUUGGAGUCCUGCCUGACCAGGGAGCACCUGGGCAACGACCUGUACCUCAAUUCUCAGAUGGACAGCGACCAGUAUGUUUCCAUUGCUACUCUGGCCAGCCUCGACAAGAUCAAGAACAUCAGCACGGACCUGGACCUCAUCUCUGACAUUUUGAAAACGCUGCCGCUGGUCCAGGUGGCUCCGUGUGGUCAGAAGGUCCGGCCCAGUCAGAGUCGAUGUGUCGUCAUCCUGCGUGAGAUCCCCAACAGCACACCUCAGGAGGAGGUGGAGGCUCUCUUUGACGGCGAGGACCUUCCCAAGUUCCUGAGCUGUGAGUUUGUGAGCAAUGACAACUGGUUCGUCACAUUCAAGUCAGAAACAGACGCACAACAGGCCUACAGGUACCUGAGAGAAGAGGUCCGGGUGUUUAAGGGAAAGCCGAUCAUGGUGAGGAUAAAGGCCAAAACCAUGGCGGUCACUUCCUACGCUCCAAAAAAUGGCUACAGACCCGCCCAGAUGGACGGCAAUCAUUACAGCUCUUACUUCCCGCCUAACACCUACCAGCAGCACUGCCCCACCCACAUGCAAGCACAACAGCUGUACGAUUUCACCAGUGAGGUGUGGGCUUCAGCUGCGACAGGAUACCAAGACUGUGCUGAGCCUCAAACGUUGAUGAAUGACUUCAUGAAUGGAUUCUCAACAGCUUCCAACUUCAAACCUCACAACUCACACAGACCGAGGAGAGGCUCACGGUGGUCAACCUCUGGAGACCGUUGGCAGUCCAAUCAGAAUGAUUCCUCACAGUCAUCGGAGCAAGGGCCAGGAGAGCGCUCCUAUUCUCCGACGAAGCCGGAGCGAGGGCGGUCGCGGGGCAACCUGCGCCGUCAGAGCAGAGGUGGAAGGAUGGAGCCAACUUCUGAUCGGGGAAGGAGAGGAAACUUCAGCCAGAGGAGAGGGAACCCGAGGUCAUGGGACAAAUCUGCUGGAGGCAACCGUAAUGCACCAAGUCAGUCGCCUCCUCGUCAGCCGUCUCCUCCUCUUGAGCUCGGGCUGACGAGCUUCCCUCCUCUUUCUCCGGCAAACACUGCCAUAGCAACGGUACCUGCAGCUAACAGCAACGUCAAGAUCCCAUCAGUGCCAGCAGUGUCACAAGAGCCUCAGCCACUCUUACAGCAGAAUGUGAAGGAGCAUGCGGAGAUGACCGGUGAGGCCAAACCAGCUCAGCAUACACAGGAACCGGUCGCAGAGUCCAAGAAGCUGAGCUACGCCGCGAUCUGCCAGAGGGCGUCGUCCAGUGAGCCGCCGCCGCCGCCCGCCAACCACGCCUCUCCGGAGCCAGAGCUCACCCUGACCUACCCGGGCCAAUCCGAACCGGCUGUGUUGCCACGGUGAUCGUAUUAGGUGGAGAAAAAAAGACACGCGGGAACUUUUUUGUUUUUUUGUCCUGUGUCAUAUCAGCUGAAAAUGUAUUAUUGUACUGUCCCCCUUUCACACAAAGUAAUCCACGUGUACAGAGUCAUUCACAGUGCGGGAAGAUUGAAUUAAAGCAGCAAACGCAGCCUUUAAAUCAGCUUCAUUUAGGUUCUGGAUCUUAAAAUAUUGCUGACAUUUACUGAAGUGUGUACUGGAUGGGGGUUUGGGGGGUGGGGUCUGACUGCUGGCUGGUUCAGGAAGGGCUGGUGUUGGUCUCGGGUCACUAACCACUCAGUUACAGACGACUUUUCAGUUUUUUAGAGCGGAAAAAAUGUAAAAGUUUUCUGCUACUUUACGUUAGUUUUAUUUCUCGGUUUGUAGUUCAGAUGAGUUUAUCGAGAGCCAGGUUCCAUUUUGAUUUAGUCUUGUUUUUUCCGAUCGCACUGGCGCUUCUUUUCCUUCCGUUUGUGUGUGUUUGAUGUUUUCUCGCUGUACAGGAUGUUCUGCUUCUGAUAUUUUCUUUCCAUACAUCUGUGUUAUUCUUGAAUCCGCAGGGCCGCUGUGGGCACACAUGAUGCGUUCUCACUAAAUAUUAGUCUCCCAGUUUCCACUUUCACAUGUCGAUGAAGAAGAACCAGUGUGUAUUAGUGAUCGCUCACCCCUGAAGAGCACUGAAGGAUCAAUGCUUUAUCUCUGCAUGAUUUUUUUAUUUCAUUUUAGAAUUUAAUUUAAGUCAUUUUUAUUUAUGUUGAACAGGGUUGCUUUUGUGUGUUAGAGCUUUAGUCUCCCCGCGUGUAGAGAGAAGAGUGUAGCUGAUGUAGCUCGGUGUCACAGGGAGGCUCACUUUGUCCGACAGCGUCUCAACUUGAACUGUGUUUGAGAUCUUGAAUUUGACUGUGAGUCCGACGCCCCUCGUGUUUAAAAUAUACCAUUUUUAAAUGUAAAAACAGUUGUCCUGGGGAAAGAGCAGGCAUGGUUGUGGCACAUGUUACUUUGUCUGUACAGAUGUACAUAUUACUGAACAAAUAUUAAAGAAGUGCCUUUGAAGUUUAA